GGAAGUGUGUGGAUACAGGAGAAACGAAACCUAUUUUCUUGCUACACGAGCCUCUGUUUAAGAAUACAUGCUGUUCUUGUUCACUUAAAGCUGUGAAGAGGGAAUAUUUGUAUUUUCUUCUGUAAAAACAGAGCAUUACCUUUAGAGGUAUAUCAACUGUCUGCAAAAAAAAAAAAAUGGCCGAAUCAGUGAGUCAGUAUGAGGAUCAGUUCAGUUGUUCAAUCUGUUUGGAUCGGCUGAAGGAGCCAGUGACGAUUCCCUGUGGACACAGUUACUGUAUGAGCUGUAUUACUGACUGCUGGGAGCAGAAGGAGCAGGAGCCGCCGUACCGCUGUCCCCAAUGCAGAGAGAGCUUCAGUCAGAGACCUCUACUGAAGAAGAACACUCUGAUAGCUGAGAUGAUGGAGACGCUGCAGAAGACGUCCCUACAAACGGCUGCUGUGGAGUGUGAUGUUUGCACUACAGAGAAGAACAGAGCUGUAAAGUCCUGUCUGCAGUGUUUGGCCGCCUUCUGUCAAACUCACCUGCAGCUUCACUAUCAAUCUCCUGUGUUUAUGAAGCACAAACUAGUUGAAGCCUCCAGAAACAUUCAGGAGAACAUCUGCAUCAGUCAUGGGAAACCUCUGGAUAUUUACUGUCAGUAUGAUCAUCAAUGCAUUUGUUAUUUGUGUAUGAUUGAUAACCAUAAUGGCCACAGAGUGGUGUCUGUGGAUUCAGAAUGGACUAGUAAAAAGAAAGAGUUAAAGGAGAUAAAUGCGGCAUGUGAAAAGCUGAUCCAGGAGCGAGAGAGAGGUCAGCAGGAACUCAGUGAAGCUGUGAGGCUCCUUAAGAGUUCAGCACAAGAGGCCAUGGAGAACAUUGAGAAUGUCUUCGCUGAGCUCAUCUGCUCUCUGGAAAAGAAACACUCUGAGAUUAAAGAGCAGAUCAGAGCUCAGGAGAAGACUGAGAUAGAUCGAGCAGAGGAACUUCACAAACAUCUGGAUCAAGAGCUGACAGAACUCAGAAAAAGACAAACAGAGAUUGAGAAACUUCUGAUUACUAAUGAUCAGCUCCAUUGUCUUAAGAGCUGUCAGUCUGUGUGUGUUUUACCAACAUUUGAAGACGUUCCCAGCAUCACUCAACACACUCAUCUGUCUUUUAAAGACAUUUCAAUCUCAGCAUUCAGAGAUGUUUUGGAGGACGUCUAUCAACACCAAACAGCUGGAAUAUCUCGAGUGUCAAAUGUCCAUGUUGCAGAGUCUCCGGAACCUAAAACUCCUAAUGAUUUUUUGCAGUAUUUCUGUCAACUGCAUCUAGAUCCAAACACUGCACAAAAUAACCUCAUCUUGUCAGAAGGGAACAGAAAAGCAUCACAUUCAAAUGAAGUCCAGCAAUAUCCUGAUCACCCAGAACGAUUUGAUGUAUAUCGCCAUGUACUGUGUAGAGAGGGUUUGUGUGGUCGAUGUUAUUGGGAGGUUGAAUGCAGUGGGAACAACUGGUCUGUAGCAGUUACCUACAGAGAAAUUAGUCGUAAAGGACAAAAUAAUGACUGCAGACUUGGGUUUAAUAACAAGUCCUGGAGACUGACCCACUGUUACCAGGAUUUCUAUGUCAGACAUGAUCAUAAACAAGUCAAUCUCUCUCCUUUUAGUUUCUCUAGAAUAGGAGUGUAUCUGGAUCACAGAGCAGGAACUCUGUCCUUCUACAGCGUCUCUCACACAAUGACUCUUCUUUACACAUUCCAGACCACUUUCACUGAACCCCUCUACCCUGCAUUUGGGAUUGGAGAAGGUUUUAUUAGGAUCAAAAAGCAGAGGAGAACUCUCAAAUCCCACAAAUAAGACAAGCAAAAUUUCCUAAACAAAUGUUCUUGUAUACUCUGUACGAAUAAACCAAGGCCUUCAAGGCCAAGUUCAUCAAGACAAAGGGUGUCAACAAGCUUGUCAAUUCCUAAAAAAAAUUACAAAAAAAAAAAAAAAAAAAAUCAGAAAA